AUGAAGAUCGCGUCCGUACUUUUAGUUGUCCACUGCUUGAUUGGUGCCGGCUUCGCCAAGUCGGUGUUUCUCGGCUAUCAGGACAGCCUGGGCCAGUACAGUUUCGGCUACAGCGCGCCAGGAUCGGCCAGGUCGGAGGUCAGAACGUCCAAUGGCGCGACCAGAGGCACUUACAGCUACGUCGACGAAACCGGCGUGAUCCAGACUGCACAGUACGUCGCAGACGGCGAGAACGGAUUCCGGGUGUACGCUACGAAUCUUCCGCAAGCGCCGCUUCCAGUCCAAGACACGCCGGAAGUGAUGGCCGCGCGCACGGCGCAUCUCCAGGCCCUGGAGAUGGCGACGCGAAGGGACGAACAGGCUCAGAGUCUUGAUGUGAAUCAAGAGGGAAAUGCGCAGGAAAAGGUGCUGGAGGACAAUCAAGAUAAUGAAAAAUCAAAUCUCGGCAAAAUGCAAGAGCAAUUGGAAGCCAAACUUGUGAAUCUUCCGCUGAAGGAACAGAAGGACGAGCUAAAAAAGGAUAAUGACGAGAGUCUACAAGCGGUUGCUUCCAGAAGCGGCGUCGAUGAAACGAACGAGAAAAACUCGCAGAAUGUCCGUGAGGAAUCCUCCGGAAAAGUGACGGAGGAAAUUGUCGGCGGCGCAAACAUCCCGGCGAUUCCAUUAAUUUCCUCUCGCGUGCUCUUACCUCAGGCAUCAAGCGGAAACACGGUGCCGAUAUUUCGCAUCUCCCAUGGAAUCUACGAGAUCGAGCCUUCCGCCAUACCGGAGUCAUCGAUCGUUCAAGGCACUUCCGGCGCGAUCACGCCAGCGGCGACGAUCUUGAAGAGCACGACAAUUUCUGACAAUCAAGCAGCAACGCCGGAGAAGGAACAACAGAUGCAACGAGCAAAUGAACAAGGUGUCGCUGUCAAUACGAUUGUACCAUUGAAUGCAAUUCCGCUGAGUUCGUCGCAUUCGAGUUUCAUUAGAUACGUAUCGCCGGUGUCUCUUCAUUACGUCGCUUACAACGUUUUGUGAAUACAACAGAAUAUACAUAUCCUUGGGAGAGAUUUCAUGGAACAAAAAUCUGGAAUAAAAUCUCAGAUGUAAUGAACAGAUUGAAUCGGGCUGUUUCUCCUUUGCGUUCUUUUUAUGUGU